CUGUGACGUCAUAAGGCUGUGCUUCGCUCCUCCGUCUGUGAUUCGGCUGAAAGGUGAAGAACCUGAGAUCCAUACACGAUUAUCAAGAUGAUGUUCAUUAAAGAGGAAAGUGAAGACUUCAGGAUAGAAGAAGUAUUCAGUCUGAAACAAGAAGAGACUGGGGAACAAACAGACCUGAUUGAGGAGAGUCAAGAGCUGAAUGAUUUGGAAAAGAAAAAGCAGAAUGAGAAAGAUCAUGAUUUAAAAAUUGGAAAAAAGAUGGAAUCUAACAGUUUUUUAAUCUGCCGUCUUUGUGGAAAGAGUUUCAAUCGAAAACAGAACCUUGCGCUCCACAUGAGAGUUCACACUGGAGAGAGACAUUUUAUCUGUAAACAGUGUGGAAAGAGUUUCACUCAAAGUGGAAACCUUAAAAUUCACAUGAGAAUUCACACCGGAGAAAAGCCUUAUAAUUGCUCUCAGUGUGGACAGAGAUUUACAAAUAAAGGCAACUUAAUUUACCACAUGAGAACUCACAGUGAAGAGAGCUUGUUCAUCUGCCCACAGUGUGGGAAGAAUUUCCCUCAAAAACAAAACCUGAAAGUCCACAUGAGGAUUCACACUGGAGAGAAGCCUUACAUUUGCACUCAGUGUGGAAAGGGUUUUACUCAUAAAGGCAACCUUAGUUCCCACAUGAGUACUCACACUGGAGAGAAGCCUUAUACUUGCUCUCAGUGUGGACAGAAAUUUUCACAUAAAUGCAACCUUAAUUCCCACAUGAGCACUCACACUGGAGAGAAGCCUUACACUUGCAUUCAGUGUGGAAAGAGUUUUGCUCAUAAACCCAGUCUUAAUAAACACAUGCUAAGUCACACAGGAGAGAAGCGGUUUGCAUGUGCUCAAUGUGGAAAGAGUUUUGCUCAUAAACACACUCAUAAUAACCACGUGAGAAGUCACACAGGAGAGAAGCGGUUUGCAUGUGAUCAAUGUGGAAAGCGCUUCACAACAGAACUAAGCCGUAGAUACCACAUGACCAUUCACACCGGAGAGAAACGGAUCUUAUGUGGUCAAUGUGGAAGGAGUUUCACGCAUAAAGUAAGCCUGAAAUACCACACAAGGACUCACUCAGGAGAAAAAUGUUUUAUAUGUCAUCUGUGUGGAAAGAGUUUUAGUCUUGAAUGUGGUCUGAAAAACCAUAUGAGAGAUCACGCUGAAGAGAAUUCCUUCACCUGCAAACCUGACUGAACGUUCAUUGCUGCUGAGUGUGAACCAAAUCUGAUUGUACACCUUUUAUUUUCAACAUUCACCUCUAUCUACAUUAUCCACCUAUGUUAUCUUGAGGCUACAUCUGACCAUCUCCUUUGCUGUAGUUUCAAGUAAUAAGCAUUUAUAUUUACAUUAAGUCCAAAUGAACUUAGAAAUUGUAAGCAACAUUUAUUUAAAUAAAAUAUUCAAUAGAAAAGGAA